AGAGAGAGAGAGAGAGAGAGAGAGAGAGAGAGAGAGAGAGCACGUGGUUCGCAGUGCCGGCCGGCGUCUGGUCCAGCGUCAGUGCCUCUUCCCCCCACUUCUCUCUCGUUCCUCCCCUCCUCCACCUGCUGCCACACCUGGUCUCGCCCUCAGUCAUUCGUGGGAGGCCGGCGUCUCUCCCUCCCACUCUCCCCCCCUCUCUCUCUCUCUCUCUCUCUCUCUCUCUCUCUCUCUCUCUCUCUCUCUCUCUCUCUCUCUCCGUCACCCAGCAGUGCGGCGUGGGUGAGGAGUGAGCGUGUAGGUGUGGUGUGUCGCGCGUUGCCUCGUUGCUUCGCGUGUGGAACGGGGCUACAAAAGUUAAUUAUUCUAAAGGACAAAAGGAUAUUCACCAUGUGGUAAAAGACAAAUACUCCAACAUUCAAUAGUCGAAACUAAAGAAAAGAAAAAAGAAGAAAACAAAAGGAAAAGGUUGGACAAGAAAACAAUAAAGAUGCUGUAAAAAAAAAAAGGAAAAAAAAACCUAAACAUUAAACAUUAAAAACAUAAAUAAAAAUGUCCGUGAUACUUGAUAUGUUUAUGCAAGACGAUGAGGAAGACGAGGAGAAAUGGAUGGAGGAGCAGGCAGGCAUUAUGUUCAAGGAGGUGGAGGUAGAGGAGGAGGAGCGGCACCAACGGCAGGAGGCUGAAGGGGAUGGCAUGAAAGUUAUCUCCAGUAGACACACUCCUUUCAGCGCCUGGGAAUCUGCCCCUCCCUCCCCUCUCCCGGUCUUCUCUGCCCUGUUGCAAGAGCCUACUAAGUCUCCAUCAACACAGCCCACCGUCUGCAUUCCAGCCAGCCCUGCUCCUCCUAAUCUAGCUGACGCAUUCUCUCGAGAACUAUUUUCAGAGUUGGACAUGAUGGAUUUUUCUCAAGAUGUGUCAGAGUCUAGCAGUGAUGACGACCUCAUCCACAAACUCUCCAAUGACCUUGAGCUCCCUUUGGCCCUGGAUGACCUUGAGCCAGUACCUCCAUGGCCAUGCCAGCCUGGAGAAGUCUUCCAGAUGUUGCCCACUGGGAAUGCCUCCUCCUCCUCCUCCUCCUCCUCCUCCUCCUCCUCCUCCUCCUCCUCCUCCUCCUCCUCCUCCUCCUCCUCCCUCUCUUCAUUCCCCUCUAAUAGAUUAUCCUCCAUCAAGUGUGAAGUUACAGAUGGCAUGACGGCAGAAGAGCUGACACGUGCCUUCUACCCCAACAUGGUGCCCCUUGGAGUAGAAAUUAAUGAAAUGGACAGAGAAAGUGUGGUGAAGGAGGAACCAGCGUCUCCACAGCACAUGUUACAGUUGCCACCUUCUCCUGAUGAGACACGAGAUAUCUGGGACCUGUUGUGUGGGAGUGAUGUCAAGCCCAGCAUCAGGGUGCUGGACACUCCUCCUGUCACACCUCCUCAGAGUGAGGUCUCUCCACCACACAGUCCUCAGCCUCCCUCUCCAGUUGCCAUGGUAAUGGGACAGGCCAACCAACACCAACAGCAGCAACAGAAGCCCUUGAUGAAUGGCAAUGGUAGUGUUGGCAACCACCUCUCUCAGCCCAUAAAAGUUGUCACCAUCACAACACGGAAUGGGGGAUCUGGUCCGGGUCCCACCAAAGGUGGCCGUGUUACCAAAACUAUGAAGAUACAGCCCAAGGUGGUCAGUCCAUCUGCUGCUCAGACACCCCAGCCACAGGUUAUCAGCAUUGUAAACUCAUCAUCUGUGCCUAAGCUGACCUUACCCAAGACAGCUGUGACCCGGACUAUUUCUGGAGGCAACACUAGGAUAGUACAGGUCAAAGCUCCUCCACCUGCCACCCAGCCUCCUCCAAGCACCACCCCCAGCCCUAGCCCUCUUUCUUCCAUUCUUCCACCCCAGGUCAGCACCCCAACAACAGUAGGAACAGUAGGAACGCCAGCAUCUGCAGCCCCCCUUGCACCUUUGGCACCAGCUCUCACUCCUGGCUUGAAGCUAUGCAGCAUACCUGAUCUAAAAGCUUUCAAGCGGCAGCAGAGAAUGAUCAAGAACCGAGAAUCAGCAAGUUUGUCUCGCAAAAAGAAAAAGGAAUAUCUCAAUUCCCUUGAGUUGAAGUUUGCUGACCUGGAGAGUGAGAAUAAAAAGCUUAAAGAGGAAAACCUUCGCCUGCAGCAGCGAGUAGCACAUCUAGAGACAGAGUGUGAUUCACUGCGCCGUUCAGCCGGCCGUGCCUCCAGUCGGAAGACAACCACUGCACUUUUUGCUCUCAUCUUUCUCUUUUCCUUAAAUCUUGGACCCCUUUCGGGCAUCCUUCUUGGUGGAAAAUCCAAGCUGGACUCCCUCAAGGGCAUCCUGCCAGGAAGUGAUGAGCUGAGUGUCCCAACCAGCUUCUCCCAGCGGUCUCUCUUGUGGACAAGGGAGGAGACAGCAGAUAAUGAUAGUGGAUCAUCCCACUUGGCUGCCAAUGCCUCCCAUACCUGCCCCAUGUACAUUAAUGCUACUGAGAGCUUAAGACUGGAAACAGAGUUAAGAGACUGGUUCGAACACAAAUUCAGACCUUCAAAAACUGACCGCAAGAAAGAUGAUACCACAACUGCUAAUGCUGGUGGUGCCUAUCCCAAAGCCAAAAUUGUAAGAAAGGGCCUGGCAGGGCGUUUGGGAGGGACCCUGCAUGGGGUUACAACAGGAAAGGAUAGAGAGUCAGCUGUAAAUGAAGUAUGGAAUGCUUUGGCACCCCCUCAUCCACCUCCAGCACACCUUUAUCAUUACAUCCAUCCUGAGGCCCUGCAAGUUGAUAACCCAGCCAGGCCGGAGGAGCAGCGUGCUGUGUUGGCCUCUGCACCACGGCUCUCGUCAUUCCUAGAGGCAAUCCAGCGUCGUGAUGAUACUUAUUAUGUGGUCUCCUUCUCCCCGGACCAUCUCCUCGUGCCUGCCACUGCACGAAAUGAUUCUGCACGGCCUCGUAUGUCACUUCUUAUGCCAACACCACGCCCAAUGAAUGAGUCCCUGGCACCUCCUAGGGACCAUGUGGCCCUGAUGCAAAUUGAUUGUGAAGUAAUGCAUACCCGCCUUGUUCACGUAGCUGAGGAGUUCAUCCCUCCACAUCUUCGUGCUGGUGGCAGCAAUGCCUCCCAUCCAGCCCCGCAAACCCCUCCAGAAGCCCCACAGCCUAGUCGGGCCGAGCCUAAGAGACGGCCCAAGUCCAGGCCAUUCUUGCCCAAUACUGGUCAGCCAAGCCAGUAGCUCAGUGCAGUGCAAAGGCACCCAAACUUAACUUAAUAACCCAUGGCAGGGAUUUUGAAGGGGCAGGCACAUCAGGCAGACUGAUGAGCUGAAUGUACUGACAGUUUAUCCCUUGACUGAUGCUUGAUGGUAGAUAGAUUUAGGAAAGGAGUUACAGCAGAGAGAGAGAGCAGUUAAGUUUUGAGAAGGGCUGGCUGCUAUUAUCAUGAGCAGCAGUUUAUUGACAGACGCACAAUGUUUGGUCAAAGGAUGCAAUUACCAUAGAAGCAAGUAUUGUCAGUGAUGAAGAUACUGGGCUCAGGGCAACACAAAAAAUCAAACUGAUGCCUCAGACUAAGCCCACAAAAUAGACUUUAUAAAAGGUUAUAUUUAUACAUAUAUAUAUAUAUAUAAUCUUAAGUACAAUAAGAUGAAAACUACAAAUUAAUGAGAAUACAAUAAACUUUUCCCAGCCAAACUAAGAGUAGACUUAAGAAGUACUUUUUUUUUUUUUUUUUUUUUUUUUUGAUUGGUGAACCAUUCCAUUGCCUUGGAAGUUGUCAUGAUCUUCAUUCCUUUUAGUUUCAAGUUGUGAACUGGAUCUACAAUUGUUCCUGUAGUGUCUUUGUAUAUGUAUGUAAAAAUUACAGAACCAUUUUAUAUGCUGUGGUACAGGAAGGGAAAAGGGAAUAUAUUUGGUGUGAAGGGAUGUAACAUGUGGCACUUUGUGGUGUGAUAUUCAGAAGCAGUGCUUGCAGGGAAGUAAUGUGAUGCAAAAUGUGUCAGGACACUGGCACAAGUAGUGUAGUGUAGUUGUGGUGCAGAAAAUGUGGUUCUUUAGGUGGCGCUAUAAAUUAUGUUUUAAAAGAAAAUGGCGUUGAAAAUACCUAUGGUUCGAAGGAGUGAAACCCGUUCUAAAACUUUUGGUUAAGAAUUAGGUUAAAUGUUGUGCAGGUGCUGUUUGGAUGGUGUAGGUGCUGUCUGAAUGGUAUUUCUUAUUUCCAUUGACAAAGUACAAUCUUUCAGUUGUGUUGUUCACUGUUUUAUCAUAGGUACAUGACGGCAAUUUAAUGUAAUUGUUACAUCUUCAUACAUCACUUGUGUGAAGGAAAAGGGCUUUUGUGGUAGUGUAAAUGAAGCAGCCACCAGGCUUCUGUUGUUAUACACUAAAAUCGUGUCGGUUCCAGUAGUUUUGUCACUUGAUACAGAGAUGGUGACAGUUAUGCUGAUACUCUCAUCUGCUUUCUGGCCAAAGUAUUCUCAUUUUUUAAAAUGUAUGAAAAUUUACAACCUAAUUAUUUGUGCCUGUAUAAUCUGGUAAUUAUAAAUAAUCAAUGUAUAAGAUUUUUGUAAUUAAUGUAAUUUGUUUUUAAAACAAAAUAGGAAACUUUGUUAACAGGUGAGAGCAUUGCAUUACCAUCUUUACACAUUUUCAGGUGACAGAAUUACUGGACAGAAUUGUUGACAGGUAACAUGAAAAUCUGAUGAACUGACAUUGAACUGAUCUGUUGUUUCCAUUUUCUACAAAUUUUAUUUGGCAUUUUUAACCUGUGAGAGAUUUUAUUUUUCCCACCUUUUGUAUAUACUACAUAUCUAUCUAUUUAUUUUGUUUUAUAGAUAUCUUUCUAUAGUACAUAAUAAGGCUGUGAUUUUUUUUUAAGUUUUCUUAUCCUUGCAAACAAAAGCAAAUACAAAUUUCAUCAGACUAUUUUAUUGUACUGAGAAAAUGUAUGUAAUUUUCUUACCCUCCAAAGUCCAAAGGUUGAGGAUAUUGGAGUGAGAAACACUAAUCUAAUAACUGUGUUGGCAGAAUCCAGGAAGCUGUCAUCAUGAUUCUGAGUCAGCACCUGUAGUGAUGAGGGAAACCAAUUUAGGAUGCCCUAAACUUUACUUGGUAGUAAAUGCAAGUGGUGUAGGUGGUUGUGUUCAAAGCUGUGUGCCACAAAAAAAUCCAAUGGUAAAAAUUUCUGCCCUUGCCACAGACUGAGUCAUAAAUAUGCCCUAGAGAAACAGCAAACAUCUGUUGCUGGAAAACGUAUUUGUACAAAGUCACAGCCAUGCAUGGCUUCAAAUUCUGGGUUCUUAGAAAGAACAUAUUGCCAUGAUGUGACAUUCUCUCAAAACCACAAAUGUGAUUUUUUUUGUUUGACUUUCCUUCUGAUGGGUAGCUAACCCAUCUGAUAGGCACAUUUGUUUGCUGUGAAUGGCAUUUUUUCCUAUAGUUAUGUAAGAUAGAUGUUGCAUUAGUGUGUGUGUGUGUGUGUGUGUGUAUGUGUACAUAUGCAUUUAUGUUAAUAGGCAAGAUGAGAAUGAUAAUAUUUGACUGAUUUAAAAAGUGUUACUUUUAUGAUUUCACACAUCUGAAAAUUAAACUGAUUACAAUGUUUCAAUGUGAUGAGGACCUAAAGCUUUUGCACUUUUAUAAUUUAAUUAUCAGAAAAUAUAGUUAUAAUGAAUUAAUAAAAAGACAUCUAUAA